AUGUCUGCCUCCUCUCUCUCCCGCCGGAGAGACUGUCUGUCGGCCGUGAGGAAGCGGGACGAUUCGUGCGCUUUUCAGCGGACCCCCGUGGCCUGCUGCAGCCCUUAUCCGUACGACGCUACGUGCCCUUCUUUCUCUGUCUCUCCGUCUCCGCCUUCUCAGUGUCACCGUCACGCUCUCAAUUCUUCUGGCGGGCCUCCUCCGUUUACGUCGUCUGGGUACUCUUCUCACGGGCACAAGGCUGCUUUCCACUUGGGUGGCGACGGUGUAUAUACACUGCAGUCAGCAGGCCCGCUUGACUCGCCGUUCGCAACGACGGCUUCCUACUACCCCCCGCCGCCGGGGGCUCGAGCCCCCCAGGGCGGCUCCUCGCGCAUGGGGUCUUCUGCCGCUCCUUUUCCUUCUUCUGACUCCCGUGUGUCGUCUUUCGCGUCCUCGGCUUUGCCUGCUGCCUCGUGGGGGAGGCGCCAGGGCGAGCGGUGCUCGCGCGUUUCGUCUCGCAUUCCGGGCGGCGAAUUCACGGCUUUCUGCACGUUGUUCCCCGAGGAGGAGGAGCCUGUUGCCCUCGAGCGGAGGCGGGCGGCCCGCGCGGAAAGCCUCCGGCGCAGCGAGAGCGCGCGGCUCUGCGGGAGUUUCAACGACGCGCCCGCUGCGCCCUCCUUCGUGGAAACCGACUCCGAGCGCUUUUCCUUUAGGCCGCCUCAAGGCGCGCGCGCCUCCUUCGUCUCCCUCGAACUCGACCCCUACAGCAAGGCGUGGCACUCGAGGAAGCCGAACGCGAGGACGUCUCAACUCAGCGACCGGGACUUGAGGGCAGCAGUGGAGACGGACGCGCCGCCGCUCGCAGGACUUCAGGCGACAGAUCGAGGGAAGUCUCGCCCUCGAGCCACAGGGCCCGCGGAGACUGGAGUGCCUUUCCAAGGGCCGCACUGCGCGACUGCGUCUCCUGCAGACGACAGGCCUCUGCGAGAGCCCCAGGCCACGUCUCGCGCGUUUAGAGACUCGGAGUGUUUAUUCGCUCACGAGGCGGGUGAGCACGAAACGUUUUCGCCACAAGCCAGUCUGCGGUUCGAGUGCGGAGGCAGAGGCCUCGGACCCAACGAAGAAGAGGCGUAUGCUUGGGGGGCGCGGUUCAGAAACGGAGCUGCUGGCGUGCGAGACGAGUUCGCUCCUCUCCCUGCCGGCGGAGAAAGAGACGACCUCGCGACGGCGCACCGAAGGGAGUCCCGACGGCGCUCACUUCCCUCGCAGUCGUGGAUUGCCAGCCACGGCCAUCCUGCCCACUGUUGUCGCGAUCUUCCCGCGUAUUCUUCUGCCUACGCCUCCGCUUCGCUCCGCGCGGCGGGCCCUGGAGGAUGUGCAGGCGCCUCUUCCCCCUCCGCGGAGGGAGUCGCGGCAGACAGAGCCUUUCCGGCGAGCCUCUCGCCCACGCGCUCUCUGCGCUGCUCCAGCUCGUGCUGCUCAUCCCGGACGCUCGCGACCGGGCUCUGCACGCCGCGCCAGCUGGGGGGCCGGGAUGGAGGGCAGGGUCGGCGUAUAGUCGGAGAAGGGCCCCACGAACCCGCCUCGUCGGGGCGUUUCGGGGAGCGGGAACGAGCGGCGACCCAGGGAAGGACUCGUGAGGCGGGGGGAGGGCGGGGGGCGGAGACGCUUAACUGCGCCUCAGGCAUUCCGCGGUCCCGCGGCCUGUUCGUUGCGCGCCGCCACGGAGACGAAGCUGAAGGCCGAGACAGGAACGACAGAGAGACAAACGUUUCUUUGCCGCCUUUUCUGGCACGCGGAGCCCGAGCGACCGCAGAGCAGCUGCACAUGAGGCGAGAAGACAGGAGAGUCAGCAGCCUCUGUUCGACGGGGAGGCCGCAGAGGGGACUCGCCGCGGAGGAGGCGCGAGACGCCCCGAGACAGGAGCCGCGUCCAGAUUCGUACACGUGCGCAGUCUUCUCUGGAGAUAGCCUUGCGUACGCGCCUCCUCUCUCUCACGAGGAACGAGACGGCUCGAGGAGACACCGGAAGGGGCACUUGGGCCCCGGGCCCCAGGCCCCCUCCCGUCGCUACGAAGGCCCUUUCUCUUCCGGCGCCUCGCAGCUGCCCGUCUCACCCUUCGUGCCGCCUUGUCCUUCUUCGGCGCGCUCGCCGGUCGCCUUCGCGUUCCCAGAGGGCGAGCGCCUCCCUGCGCGCGCCUCCGCGACUCUCCGCUCACCAGAGAGACGCCAAGAGGCCCCCGUGCGGGCGCCGCUCCCUCGCGCGCUGCUCGGCGGGGAGCCAGAGGCUGGCGCGCGAGAGCGAGAAGCGCGUCGCAGCCGAGAGGGAAGGAGCGGCGAGCACGUGUCUGCCUCCGCCGUCUUCUCGCCGUUCCUGGGCGCAAAGACCAGCGCCGGGACCGGCACAAAAAUCGUCAAAGGAAGGUCAUUCCGCGUCGCGCACCGGAAGCAGGAUCUCUCUGUCGGCCCAGGAGACUGUGGGGCGGGGCUUUUCAGAGGUGCGGCGGGGGGCGACGAUGCGCACACGCAUCGAGGUAGCGAAGACAGGGCGAUGGCGAGGACGGGACCCGCCACCGGCGCUCGCGGAGAGACCAAGGCGUCCUCUCCUCGGUACGAGACACAGCGCCCAGCGGCCGCGCGGUGGGGAGAGAGCGAGAGACCGGAGAGACAGCAGCGGACGGAGCGAGAGGAGCGAGGCCGAGAUGCAGCAAGAAGACCCGACGGAGAAGAAGACUUCUCGCGCCACCCAGCGGACGACGACGUCUCUGCGAAGAGCCUCGCGCAGAGCACUGGAAGCCUGCGCCGAUCCGAGGCCCGCGACCAGCCUCUGUCUACGCGGCCGCAGCUGCGCCGCCAGCCCCAUGAUCACUCUGUCGGCUCGCCGGCCUCGCUGCCGCGAAGAGACGAACUCCGCCUUUCCUCUGAGGCGUCGCCGUCUCCUCGCCGCGUGGGCCCUUCUGCCUCUUCUCCCCAGCGCGCCAACCGCCCUCCUCUCUUUUCUGCGUCCUCCCCCUCGUCGCAGCCGUCGUCGCCCGGCUUGCCUCGAGGCUCCUCCGCUCCUGUGCGGCCAUGUCCUUCGCGCUUCUCGCAGCGGGGGCACGCGGACGCCUCCCCCAGCGCAUCGGCUUUCCAUGCGUCUGCGGCGGCUCUGAUGGAGGAAGUGAAUCUUUUUGAAACUGAAGCGAACGUCGACGAGCUGCGCGCGCUUCAAGACACCGUCGGCCUCCACCUACGGGACAGUCUGAGGCAGCAGAUCGCCGCCCUCGAGUCCAUACAGCACGCGGGACGAGCCGCAGCGCCCGCCCCGCCAUCUCCCGGCGCGUCUCCUCGCUCGCCUGCUCCAGCUGCGGGCUUGUCCGCGGGCCCUGAAGGCGCAGGAGGUGGCGCGGAGGCGAGAGAGACUGGAGAGGGCGCAGUAGCUAGAGGCGACGCGGAGGCACGCAUCGCUGCGUGCGUGGAGUACCUGAAGAGCCAAGUGCAGAAGGAGGAGCGUCGCCAGCGGGCGCUGCUCGCGAAGCAGAAGAUGCUGGAGGAGGAAGAAGAGCGACAGCGCGAGACCUGGAGGAAAACGAUGGAGGACGCGGCGAAUAGACGGGCAAAGGCCGUCGCGGACGGCGUCGAAAGAGCAGGAAGCCACUGCGGAAAGGGUCGCCUGCGCGCCGGAGAGGAGGAAAAGGGGACGAGGAAGGUGCUGGCGAGGCGCUUCCAGCAGACAGAUACAGACGCGGAGGGGAGAGACGCGGCGCGCCAACCUCAGCCGCGGCAGCGGCCGUCGCCUUCCUCCUCUCGCCUUUCGCCAGGCUCUGCGACGUCGCCGUCGUCUUCUGCGGGUCCCCUAGGCGCGCGAGAGACGCUCGCUUUGUCUGACUGCCGGUCGCUCUCGGCGCUCACGCCGCUUCACCCUUCUGAACGCCCACAGGUCGCCGCCUCUGGCGGACGGACAGCCGACGAGAAGGCGCGCUUGCGCAGACGACGCGCGUCGCUCGGCGACGUGGGAGAUGUGCAGCGAAGCCGCGACGCUUGCGUAGAAACCGACGGAGCUUUCGCGCAAGAUUUCGCCCGCGCGAGAGAGAGCCGCGCGGAGCACCGCAACCUGACUCGCCUCCUGGCCCUGAAGGCCGAGAGACUGCGCAUGGAGAGAGAGAGGUUUGCACUCGAGGAGAAGAGUGCAUACAUCCUCAGCCAGCGCCUCGACGAGUGGCGCGAAGCGGGGACGCCGAACGACGCCCACAUGCGAGACGGACAAGUAAACAGACAAGAGCGACUAGCCGACUUCAGGGACGAGGAGGGACUGCUCCGCCGAGACCAGAGAGCCGACGCCGCCAAGGCUGCGGACGCGACGACCCGCUCCCCCCUCCACGGCACGACCGGGCCUUUUUCGCCUGCUACAGCGAGAGAAGAGACCCUCGCGUGCGCUUCUGCUCGACAGCGCGCGUGGGACAAGAUGGCUUCAGAAGUCCCAGGCUUCCAGGAAGAGGCGCAGGAGUCUCUUCUGCGUUUUCGCGAGAGCCGCGAGGCGUCCGCGCGUUCGCCAGUCCGCGUCAGGCAAGGCGGGCAGACGCCGCCGGGGGUUCAGUCGGCGAGCACAGCCUCGGCGCUUGCGAGGAAGACCGGCCGGCGGAGUCUCGUAGAGAGUCAGCGCCUGGCAAGGCAGAGGCUCGCCGCGCGGAAGCGGCGUGAGGAGGAGGCCGCGAAGGCCACUGAGGCAGAGCUCGCGCGGCGGAAGCAGAAUUUGGUCAAGCUCUCCGAGAAGACGCGGAAGCUGGUGCAGAGGCAGCUCCAGGCGUCCCGCGCAAGAGCCUCGGGGCCCAGACGACGGGCGACGAUCGGCGCGACCGACUCGCAGCGCGGCUCUCCGCCGACAGACGCCCCAGCCGAGGCUGCGACGCCGGCGGCGGCGGCCGCGGGAGGCGGGAGAGCGCCUCCUGUUGCGCGCGGCCUUCCUUCUCCUCCUUCGCAGCUGCGUUCGACGACGCCGUCGGCCGCGGCGCGCGGGUCGCUCGAUGGAAGGCGACGCGAGGCGGAGGCGCCCCAGGGUGUCUCCGCUGCUGCGUCAGGGAGGCGAUCCGCGCUCGGUGAGAAGGCCCGCGUAGCCCCAGCCGCGUCCAGCGCCCCCCCGAGGGCAGCAGACGAUGGAGAGGCUGGAGCGGAAGGCGCUCGCGCGCUUGCGUUGUCCAGCAGAGCGCGGAAAAGCAUCGGCGAGGACUCGAGAGGCGCCGACCGCGCAGCCCCGCGGAGGGAGGGCGCAGCCGCCUCGACUUCGCGGUCGCUCCGCCGCUGCCGCUCGCAGCCUCCGGCGGGCUGGCUCGCCGGCGAAAGAGGCGAGAGCGAGGAGAGCGCCGAAGACGCUCCGAGUUACUCGCGUGUAGGACCGUGCUUCAACUCGCCGUCUCAGGUCAGGCCGCUUUUCCCGCCCGCGUUCGGACCCGGCGCCGAGAAGGCGACGAGCGACCGAUGCAGCGUCGGCAGCCUGUACUGCGCGCCUGCUUUCUCCUUGUUUCCUCCUGGCUGCUGUCCCUUCUGCGUGCCCAGGGCUCUUCGCCCCUCUGCCGUCCCCUCUCACUUGUCCGCGCAGGCGACGCCUGGCCGUGCGGAGGCGGCGCUCCCUGUCCGCGAGCCGCGCGACGCGCGACCGCGUCCUCUGCUGCCCCACAGCAGCCCCAGCGCGCCCCCCCCCCCCCCCCCUGUCUCGGGCAGCGCGGCCGCCACACGCGUGGUUCUUCUCGCACCUGUGCACGCACUAGGCCUCGACGGAAAGCCCGCGGCUCAUUCGUCCGCUGCCGACGCCGACGCCUUCUUCUCCGCGCGGCCUCACCCCGCAAGCUGUCUCUGCGGUCGCGGCCCCGCGCGGUGGGCGCCAGCGGGCCCGCCCCCGCCCUCGCCCUUGGGCGCGACAACGCCUGCAGGCGGAGACGGGGGGCCGGUGGCCCCGGGCGGGAAAAGCCGAGAGAAAGAGAGAGGUGAACAGCGAGAGGGCGGACCAGAGCAAGUGAAGGAAGUUGCCGACAUUCAGAGAGAGUUCCCCCACCGCCGAGAACGCGCAGAGGCGCUGAUACCGCCCGGUCAAGAUAACCUUCUGAAGGCAGUUGCAGAGCGAAGGUGUCACACGGCUGCAUGCGAAGGAUCGACCACGCUUGCCGCCGGUUCCUGGACGCGCCCUCGUUCCGCGGGGCAGGCGUCUCGCUCCUCCUGCGAUGAAGAAGGCGAAUCUGAAGAUCCGCGCGAUCGACUCGAGAGAGAGAUGAUGCGGCGUCUCCUUGCGAAGCAAGGCAAGCUCAGCUCUCCUUCCUCUUCGUGUGGAGGUUUGCGGGCUUCCGUCGGCGCGGGGGGCGGCGAGGGCGUGCAUGCGGGGCGACGCGCAGGGUCUCCAUCUUGGGGGCCCCGCGAGCAGAAGGAAGAAGGCGAGAUUGAGCAGGACGUGUCACGUUCCCAACUCUUUGUGGCUUGCCCUCCCUCGUCUCUCGCUCAGGACGAAUCGGAGGCAGGCCCUAGUGGGAGGAGUCACUACCGACAGAGUGGGGCAGAAAGUGAAGGCGCGCCGGCGCCGUCGCCCAAAUCUGAACGCUGCAUGGAUGUCAGGGUCACCGCAGGCGCAGGCGCCUCGACGUGCGAAGUGCUGGACGCAGCCAUCUCGCCGGUCCUCGUGCUGCGCCCCUCUGCAGCCCUAGGCGCGACAGGCGAGGAAACACACACUCGAGACACGACCGCGGCGUGUGCCCGCUGGAGGAGAAGAGACGGAGAAGAUUCGGCGCACUCUUUCUCUCCGCGACGGCGUGAGCUUCCGCAGCCGAGAGCGUCUCCCGCCUCCCUCGAGGGGAGGGUCGCUGCGCGGCUCGACCGGGCCUUGUCGCCAGUCCUCGUUGUCUCUCCACGGUCGUCUCCGAGGCGCGCCCCCGCCCUGUCUCGUGGUCGCGGAUCCCACACGCGCUCUCGCUCGUCGCCUUGCUUCCGCGACGCUGCGCGCGGAAUUUCGCCGCCUCCCUCUCAGACCACUAGGCUCUCUGUCGGCGCCUCUUCUCUCGCUGCCGGCGGCCCCCCAGCAGGGGCGUCGGCCUCGCUUCCUUCUGGCGCCCAAGGCUCCACCGGGCGCGGAGACACAGGCCCCACUCGCGGAGGAAACACGGGAUCAGACUCUAGUCCGGCUCGCUCGCUUCUGCGCUCUCCGCGCGAGCUUUCCGACGGGACGGUCUCUGUGCAGCAGAUGCAAAAGAGGCGACUGUCUCCUGUCCCCCGGGCCCACAGCCCCACGGAGCAGGGCCAGUCUCCGCGGCGGGGUUUGCAGGAGCCCGACACGACCGAACGGGGGCGGAGAGGGAGCGCGUCAGCGCCGGCGGAAGCCGAGGCAAAGGACAGCUCUCGCAACUUCUGCCCCGAGGAAGGCUUAGUGAAAACCGUUCUCGCGGGUCUGUACAAUGUCAUUCGCGAGCAUCAGGCAGAUGCCAGCGCGGCAAGGCUCGAGGUGUCUCAGAAUGCACAAGGCGCAGAAGAAGAGCUCGACGGUGCCUGGGACGCGAUCCUACGGUCCCUCGCGCGCUACCGGGAGCGGAGACUCCCGCGGGGGCUCCAAAGAUCCCAAGCGACUGCGGGGGGCUCGCCCCUGGGCGAGCCCGUCGUGGCCAGCGGAGGAGACAGAGAAACACAACAGCGGAAGGAUGCGAGGGAGAUGGAGCGUCUGUUCCCGGCGGCGCUCCGCCGCGAACAAGACUCGCGUUUCUCUCGGGCGGCCGCCAGUCCGCGGCGUGGCGAAGUGGCUGACUCGUCGCGCAGCAAUGAGCCGCCCCUGUCUCCAUGCCCGCACCCCACGUCCUCUCUUUCUCUCGCGGCGGGCGUCCUCUCUUCGCCCGUCUCUGCGCGGCCUGCGUCUCCCCUGAAUUUCCUGUCCUCUUCGCUUCCGGGCCCAGGAGAGCCGGUGGACGGCGAGAAGGCGCCUGCGCGCCGGAAGCUUCCGGCGCCUCUGCAGCCUGGGGCCCUGCAGAGUCCCCGCAGCCCGCGCCCCGCCCGCCACUUCGCGUGGAGCCCAACUAGCGGUGUCCCUGCAACCGCAGACGCGGAGACGGAGAGAGUCCACACGCCCCCACGCGGCAAACACUCGCGCGUCUCGAGCCGCUUCGCCUCUGCUGUCGACCAGAAAGUGUUCAUUGGGGUUGUCGUCGAGCAAGUCAUGGCGAGACUGAAGAGAGAACGUCUCGACCUGUAUCGCAGGCGGGACGGGCGAUCGCCUCACAGGGAGAGAGACUGCAGAGACGCCCAAGACGACGCUCCUGUGAGGAGUCCGCUUGCGGGCGUCUCUGUGGCCCUGGACGUGAGCCGCACGAGUGCGCACAGCAGCGAGCUGGAGGAAGGAGAAAUCCGAGAGGCAAGUCGUGCAGGCUUGACUGCGACGCCUCCAAGGCCAGACGUCGUCCCUCCCUUGCGGUCCCCUCCUUCGGUUUCCUCUCCGUCUCGGCAACUCGGAGUUGCGCGGCUCUCUGCGAAGUCUUCGCCUCCGGGGGUCGCCCAGGCACGGUCAGAUGAAGGUGCGCGCCCGUUGUCGCCCUCUGUCUCCUCUGCGUCACAGGUGGAGACGGAGGCCGGCGCCCAACGGGACGGUGCGCCGGAGAGGCGUCUGCUCUAUUCGCCCACCUCCUGUUCUGCCUUCUUUCCUUCGUCUCGAAGCCCGCGCUCGCGCGUUCACGAAGGAAAUCGAGGAGAGGCCUUGCCCCCGUCCCCAGCCUCCGUCCCGGUGUCUCCCUCGCCUUCUCGCCGGAGACGAGGCGAUGCCGCAGCGGUCUGCUGCGCUUUGUCUGUCUACUCGUCGCCUCGCUUCGACGCAGCGAAGGCUGAGGAAGGGACAGCGCGGGGCGCUUCUUCGCCUGAAUCUCCGGGGGGUCCGGCGCUCCAGGCUGGAGAGCCCGGGGCCCACAGAACCUCGCCUUCGUCUGCUCCUGUCUCGCCUUCGGGGAGACACCAAGAGGAAGACACUUCGCCGAGAGGCGCGCGGCCGCAGGCGAUCUUCAACCAGCCACUUCAUCCGCGCUCCGCGUCCCCGUCGCCCGAAAGGGGAGACGAAGGCCGCUCGCUGAGAAGCCCAGCGGCGGUCUCCGCUUCCCCUUCCUGCCGUUCGCCGCUUGCUGCCUCGCGGAGCGAGGCGACCGGCGCCCCUCAGCUGCGCCUCCUGUCUCCUCGGUCUGCCUCACCUGCGUCGCCGCGUCCCUCGUCGCCUCUCUGUGGACGCGAGAAGACCCGAAAAGGCUCGCUCUCUCCUGUGCGUGGCGUGCACAGGCGGACGGAGGAAGGCGGACGCGGAGUCCUAGGCCUCGAAGAAGCGACAUCGCCUUCUCUCUCGCCGAGCGCGCGGGAGAACAGAGGCAGGACGGAGGAGCGGGUACCAGCGUCUCCGCGUAGCUGUCGGGCUUCGCCUCGCCCUAGCCGCCGGCUGGCCACGCAGGCGGCGGAGACACUGGCGCCUGAGACUCACCAGCGAGAAGAGGGGAGUGCCGCAGCAGCUGCGCUCCCGCAGCGCGGUCGCCUUGAAGCCCCAGAGGGGAAUUUCGGUGCGCGGUCGCCCUCGCCGGCCCUCAGCGCAGGCGAGGAAAACGGCCUGCUGUCGCCCUCCGCUGGCGUCCCUCCCGCCAAGCGCCGCGAGCUUUUGCGGCGUGUUGCCGCGAACCAUGAGCUACUCGCGGCGGACGCUGCUCCCCUAUCUCCCAGUUGCAUCUCGGCGUAUUCGGUCGUCGCGAAAGACGCAGAGGCGCAGGCUGAGGCAGCCCCGAGGAAUCGUCUUUCUCCCUCGUCUCAGCUGGGCGCCUCGGCUGGUGAGCUGGGAAACGCGGAUGCCUCCGGGGCGCGAACGCUGCUUCAGAGGGACGACGUGGAGGAAGGAGAAGUCCUCGAAGUGACGGCGGGCGAGGCGGUUUUGCUGGCUGUUGGAGGCCCAGAAAAGCAGCCCCUAGCGCCGUCUCUUCCCGCCAGCCCGCAGGGCUGCGCAGUUUCGCAAGAAGAAAGAAUCCUGGAGGCACGCGGGGGUGUCCCUGCGCGAACUGAAGGACUCCUUGCCGAGGACAGGGAAGGCGGCCUCCACAUGCUGCCGCCACAGGCCGCGGAGGCGCCGCAUUCCCUUUCGUCUCCUUCGAUUGCAUCCCCGAAGAGGAAAUGCGAAACGCUCGAUCACAUCUCCGCGGAAAAAGCAAGCGAAGAGGCCUCCCCCACGCCACUUUCGCCCGUUCUGUCGGGUGACUCGCCGCGCGCCGUCGCCGCGGCGCCAAUCGCUCGGUCUCCGCACGAAGUGGAGGAGGCGCUUUUCGCAAACGAUGCAAUCUCUGGCGGGCCGCGGCUUUCCGCUCCAGCCGUCGUCAGACCAGAAGACGAUAGCGAGGUCGUCGAGGAAGAAGAGACCCUGGUGUCGUCUUCACCGCCUCUCCCUGCCCCCUCGCCCCUGAACGUGCGUCUGGACGCAUCUCCAGCGGCACAAGAACAAGGCGAGAGCGAAGCGCUGGAGGAGGCGCUGGAGAGAGAAAGAAGAGAAGAAAACGCGUUCUACCGAGAUGCCGCGGAUCUCUGCGCGGCGGUGAAGGAGGGCGAGUUCGCGUUAGCGGCCGUGGAGAUGGACUCUGAAGACGACUCUUCAGACGCCGAGGAAGAAAGCGAGGCCAUCGGCGACGAAAUCCUCCAACUCAACACCGCGGCGCUUCCUGGACGCAUGCGGAAACAAAACAAGGUAGUUGACACGUCGCCGGAGGCCGCGGUUAGGAUCGCUUUCGCGCUCAUGAUCGUCCGCCGAGGAGGCGAAAUUUUGAGCGACCAUGUAACCCCGGCAGACGUCCGCACCGACGAGAGCCUGUACCAAGAAAUCCACUCGCUUGUGAACCGCUGCAUGCGCGAGAACCCCUCAGCGGUGCGCAUAUCGCGGGAUUUCAUCGAACUCAUUCUCGAUUUGAUUCACGACGUCGUCACAGACCCCGAGCACUGUUUCGUCAGCACCAACACGUGGCAGACGGAGGAGGCGCACCAGAGACGCGAACUGAAGCAGAGCGCGCAGUCCCGCUUUCGCGGGCUCGCGCAGUUUUUCUCUUCCAAGAAAGACGAAACGAAGACUUUCACCUGGAAAGAACUGUUCGAAUGGGUAUACUCAGCCGCCUCCCUGGGCUUCUUCGCGCCGCUGUCGGCCUCUUCUCCCACAUCCUGGCACCGCGGCCUCCUGCGCGAUCCGGCCUUCAAGCCUCUCUCUCCCGAGCCCGUCGGCGGCGAAGACGACGUCAUGGGCUUGGCGUUCGCGCAUCAUCGCGGCGCUGCCUCCUACGCGAGACACUUGAACUUUGUGUCCCAUGCGCUGGUCGCGUCGCCCGGGGCUUCAGCCCAAAGAGAGGGCGGAGCUUCCUCUUUGACCGCGACUCCGCAGCCUGUGCGGGGGUCUUCUGAGCCGCGGCCAGCGGGUCGAGUGCAAGGCGGUGCCUCGAGAGAAGGCAACGAGCCAGGAAGGGAGAUCGCGCUGGAGGCGGGUGACGCAAAUUCUUCUGUGCAGCGCAACGGCGCCGCCUACCGCGAUGCGCGCGAGGAGGCAGCUUCUUUGUCAACUUCCUCAGUCUUCAUUCUACCGUCCAGACCCGCGGACGCGCUGCCUGCAUGCGCUUCAGAUCCUCAGGAGCAGGCGAGCUGCGGGCCGCUUUCCUACGGGUCUCUCCGUCGGACACGGCGAACGGAGGAUGAGGAAGAAGACCUCGAGAGGAUGCGGGUGUCGUCGCCGCUCUCUUCUCCCUCCUCAGCGCUCUGCGGUGCUCCUGGCGAUGUGGAGCCGACCGCAGAGAACGGCAGGAAACUCGUUCAAGCGCGGCUUCCGCCUUGCCCCUUCGAGAUCCCCGGGCGAGACGCCGAGUCCCCUGAGUCACUCGCGUCUCCUUCCUCGUCGCCCGCGUCGCCGCGCUCUCUGUCGUCGCGUCCGCGGCUGUCCUCUCCGUCCUCCCAGUCGCCGUCGCCGCGGAGCUGGGAGUCUUCGCCUCCGCGGUCGCCUUCGCCCUCCUCUGCAGCCUCGCGCCUCGGCCUUUCGUCUUCCAGCUGUUCCCCGCCGUCCUCGGGAUGCGGGUCGCUCAGAAGGAGAGCGGCGCAGGGCAACGAGGGGCCUUGCGAGAGCUUCAGCUGCGCAGGGGGCGACGAGGAGGAGGCCUUUGGGUCAACGGGGCCCUUGCCUGCGCUGUCUCACCCUCCGUACUCGCCGACAGCGCGUGCGGUUCUCGGCGGAAGAAGUCAAAGCGAGCAAGGAGAGGAAGAGUUUCCUUUGCGCAGCUGCAGUGAGAGUGGCGAAGAGACCACCUUCGACGCAGACGGCGGCUCAGGAGCGGAAGGAAUCUUCUCCUCGUCGUCCUCUCCCUCUGCUCUCUACGCUUCCUCGGGGGGCGAGGGUGUCCCCGUGAGCGCGUUGUCGCUGCCGCCGCUGCCCUUCGAUCCUCCUCCGCUCCAGUGCUCGCAGGAGGCCCGCGACGGCAGCGCGUCCGCAUUCUCUUCGCCAGAGAAAGCAGCAGACGAAGCGACAGAGCGGCGCGAUAGAGAAAGCACCCAAGUGGAGACGAGGGAGGAAGCGAAGCGCUUUGAGACGCGGGAGGGAACGGUGCUGCGCUCAGCCGCCUACCGGCAGCUCUCUUCUGGCGAGAUUUGCCUCGAGGAGGAAGGGACUGUGUCGGCUCGCUCUGUGGGAGAAGUCAAAGAAAAGCAGAUCUUCGUCGCACUCGGCCAUAGCCGGGCGAGCGUCCCUAGUGUCUCUGCGGGUCACGCUUGA